AUGGCUGGGCGCGGCGCGCUCUCGGCCCUGCGGUUCCUGCUGCCGCUGCUGCUGCCGCUGGAGACGCUGCUGCCGGCGCCAGGCGGCGCCGAGCCGGAGGCCGCGGGGGACGGGCGCGUCUUCUCGUGCCGGGCCGCGGCGCCCUCCCUGGCGUGGUACCUGGACGGAGUGCGCCCGCAGCGCAACGGCUCGGGUAAGCUGCUGGCCGCGGGCGAGGAGAGCGGCCGCGGCGCCUUCGAGGUGACCCUGGACCGCCAGCUGAACUGCUCCGCCACCGACCCGCGUGGCCGCGUCUCCAGCGCCUCCGUGCUCCUCAACGUGCAGUUUAAGCCCGAGCUGGUGAGGAUGGAUGCCGGCUACGCGGAGGCCAGGGAGCCGGGCCUGCUGCUGGUGCUGCUGGUGCUGGUCCAGGCCAACCCGCCAGCCAACAUCACCUGGGUGGACCAGGACGGGCAGGUGAUGGUGAGCACCUCCACCUUCCUCCUUGUGGACACCAAGACCUACCCCUGGCCCACCAACCACACGGUGCAGGUGCAGCUCAGCAGCCUGGUGCAGAACCUCUCCUCCAGCGCUGCCACGGACGUGGGCCGCACCCCCUCUUCUGUCCUGCUGCCCGCUCUCCUGGACGCCCGCAUCGAACUGCCCCUCCUGGCCCUCGUGGGAGUGAGUGUGGCGGCCCUGGGGGCUCUCCUGUGCCUUGGCGCCUGCAUCAGCUGUGUGGUCUACCAGAAGGGCAGGAAGGCCGCAGGAAUUCCGCCCCCUGCACCACCACUUCCAAGGGACUCCGAUGACCCAAGGCCAACAGCCACCCGGCUGCCACGGACAAUUAUGUCCCUCCCAUCCAACCUGCAGCUCAACGACCUCCCGCCUGAGUCCAAAGCCCAGGUCAAGGCCAGCGAUGCUCCGGCAGAGCAAGAGGGCCGCUGCGAACUGGAGGACAACCUUGCUCUCAGAGGCAGAGGUCUCGGCCAGUUCCCGCUGGUUGGAUAUAUCUACAGAGCCUCCAGUAUGAGCAGCGAUGAGAUCUGGCUGUGAGGGCUGCCACCGCACCCACAAGCCGUGGGGCAGAGGGCAGCCCUGGAGAAGCAAAGGCAACUGGCCGACUCUCCAGCCCUGCAGGAACCGCUACGGUCUUGGGAGGAGCCUCCAGAAGCCGGCUGGCCGAAGGACAGAAGGCAGCUGCUCCCCAGGCCCCAGGAAGGCCCCGCUGGCUUCCCAGGCCCCAGCUGUGCCACGGCGCCCCCUUCCAGCCAGGUGUGGCAGUGCACCUCGAGGCGCAGGAACGGCGUGCCUCCUGUUCGCGGUGCGGUGGCCGGCGUCGCUCUGCCACCUUCUUCUGCAUGGCGGUUGCAUGCCUGCCCCCUCCCACGCCAGCCCCCCAGGGCGGCCUGCACCUGCAUG